CGUUUGCGUGCUCGUUCUACAGAAUGUUCUGGGCAGCUUGGAAGCUUGAGGAAAGCGCUUCCGCUUUGGCUCGCGUUAUGAUACGGUUCAUUUUGCGGUUUUGACGGAAUAGUAGCAGUCGGACGCACGCAGCCAGCGGGUGGAAAUGCAGACCCUAACGCCGCACGUCUAUUGGGCUCAGCGGCACAGCGAGAUAUACCUGCGAGUGGAGCUGAGCGACGUUCAGAAUCUUGACAUCAGUGUACAAGACAACAUCCUCCGCUUCAGAGCCCAGGGUCAUGGAGCAAAAGGGGACAAUGAAUAUGAGUUCAGCUUGGAGUUCUUAGAGCCAGUAAAGCCUGAGGUGACUCACAGGUCCACGCAGCGGCAGGUGAACAUUACCGUGAAGAAACAAGAGCACAGCUGGUGGGACAGGCUGACAGUACAGGAGCGCAAGCCCCUCUUUCUGGCUCCUGACUUUGACCGAUGGCUGGACGAGUCUGAUGCAGAAAUGGAGCUCCGUGAAAAAGAGGAGAGAAUAAACAGAGUCAAUGUGGAGUCAAGGAUCCGAAAGAACAAGUUCUUGGGUCUGAAGAAGGGCUACCUGUUCAUGUACAACCUGGUCCAGUUCCUGGGAUUCUCCUGGAUCUUCGUCAAUAUGACUGUGCGCCUUUUCAUCCUGGGACAAGAUUCCUUCUAUGACACUUUCCACACUAUUGCUGACAUGAUGUACUUCUGUCAGAUACUGGCUGUGGCAGAGGUGGUGAAUCCAGCCCUAGGCCUGGUUAAGACGGGUGUCAUGCCAGCUAUGAUCCAGGUGGUGGGGAGGAAUGUGAUCCUCUUUGUCAUCUUUGGGAGCCUGGAGGAGAUGCAGAACAAAGCCGUGGUGUUCUUUGUCUUCUAUCUGUGGAGCAUGAUAGAGAUUGUCAGGUAUCCAUACUAUAUGCUGGCCUGCAUAGACAAUGAGUGGAAACUGCUCACCUGGCUGCGGUACUCAAUCUGGAUCCCCCUGUACCCACUAGGGGUUCUGGCAGAAGCGGUGGCUGUGAUUCAGUCUCUGCCCAUCUUUGACGAGACUCGCCUCUACAGCAUCCCGCUGCCAAAAGCCCUUGGCCAAUCCCUCAGUUUCUCCUACACCUUGCAGCUCUACUUGGUGCUCAUGUUUCUAGGCCUCUUUAUCAACUUCCGUCACCUGUUCAAGCAGAGGAUGAGACGAUUCCGUGCCAAGAAGAGGAAGGCCCACUGAGGUCACUGGAUACUCUGUCCCACUGCUGGCUGCCUUUACCCCUCUCCACAACUGUACCUGUCCAGCCCUGUCCUCACACAGUGUUCCUUACAGAGGUCUUAUUGUCUGAAGAACUGUUUAUCCCCUGCACGAGUGCAUUCGUUUCAGUAGCUCUCUUUGCAUGAGUAAUUCAGACAAUGUUAAAAAAGCAGCAGAGGUCGCACACUUUUUAUAAAAAAAAAAAAAAAAAACCCAGUUUCCGUUAGGCACUAAGAGGAAGCUACAAAACAUUGCGGGCAUCCCAGAAUUAAGCAAAGCAUACCUUCCUAUACUUCUUUAACUCUGUUGUAGGCAUUGCUUGUACCUUUAUGUAAGCUCAGGACACUUACCACCACUAGUUUUAUUGCACUGUUUUUUAAUUUAUGUAUUUCAUUGCGUGGCAGAACCCGACUCCUCUAUAGCAAUCAGCUCUUGUAACCACAAUGCAGCAGAUUGGUAUCUGUCCCCAUGUCAAGCUGGCCUAUGAGAAACUUGCUACUAUGUUUUUUUCUCAGCUGCUUCUUAGACCACUGUCACUUGUAAAUGACUUGGCACAGAAAUUUUGGCCAGUCUAUUAGGCUGAAAAUUGUACUUGCCUGAAUAAAUACUUGAAACCCAUUUUAACAUCAAUAGUAAAUUGGCUUCUAGAAAUAACUAGUUGUCUUGCUAGUGGCUUCUUUUUCACUUUACUACAAUUAGCAUUUUGCUCUGUCUGCAAAAGAUGUAUUUAAAAGUCAAAAAGUAUUAACAAAUCUCCCAGUUGCAUGGAGUGCAUCGGAGUAGUAAUCCAGAUAUUUUACCCAGUCUCCUGCUGUUUUCAGUACUUGGUUGUAAAGAAAACCUUUCUGUUUAGAUGCUUUCUACUUUGUUUAUGGCUGAAGUUGCUGUGCUUGAUUGAAGUCACUGGUGCUUAGGUUUUGUGUGUGUAGAUACAAGUGAUGUGGUUCUGGCAUUGUAUUUAAGUAUGAAAUGAGUAGUUACAGGAUGAUAUUCUGGGUAAGAUUUUGGACCUAUGUCACCUCUGAUGUGGGCAGUCUUGCUAAUCUAAGCAAGGAACUUCUUUGUGCAGAAGAUGCACUUGUAGACUUAAGUGAAUUCUUCAACACAUUCUUAUGAGAGGCAGCUCACUCUUACACAUUAACAUUAAAGAUAUUCUGUUAUUGGAAGGAAAUUGUUUUAAGAGUAUACUGAAAAGGUGCAUUUUUCAUUGACUUAACACCACUGAGAAAUCUAAGGUUAAUUUAUCUGCCACAUCCUCACACCUGAAAGCAGUGUGAACUUGUUAAAACUACUGCAGGGAUGUGACAAAGCUUUGUGUGUCAAUACAUAUUAAAUACACUAACCUGGGAAAAUGAGAAUACCAACACUAGUAAGAUUUUCUUUUUCCCCAAGUGCAGAACCAAGACUAAAAAUUUU